GAAGGAACCUGCUGUUCAGUUCACCAGGACAUUUUAUUGUGAUAAUAUCCGUAAUCAAUGUAUAGAUGAUUUAGUUUUCUCUGUUUCUUUGUACAUAAGACCAUAAAGUGUGAUAACAUUUCAUAGUGUCACGAAAUAGAUUGUCAUUUGGUGCAUUGUAACAGUAACAUGAAGAUCGCCUGAUUGUCCAUCUCUACUUUUUUUUUCUCCAUGUGAAAAGAAAACCCGUAAAACAGAUUUCCCAGACCCCAGCAGACUUUCCGUCUCGGUUUCUCUUAACGGUAGGAAGAAGAAGAAGACAGAACAAAGAUGUGUUUUUUUUCAUUGAAGUCAAAUGUGGGUGACUUUUUUCUCAAAAGGUGGUGAACAUUUUCCUUAACCGCAUAUAGUCCAGGGGUUUUGUCGAUACGAGCAGCGAGCCAAGAGAAGAAACUAUGUGCUCAUAGUACGAAGAAUGGAAUGAAGACAACAAAUAAACGUUAUGAAAUUUCCGCACUAGUACCUCAACAAAUGUAGCAAGACAGUGGGAAAUUAGUGCGGUGCAUUAGAUUUGAAAGUGCUUCGUAGCUUAUUGGUGUUAUUUCAUGUUAAAACGCCAUUUUGACGUUUUAAAAAUGCAUGUAUAAAUUCUGCACCCGUGCGGUAGUGCGACACGGUUUUGAAACUAUAAUCAUCACGAACGGAUUCGAGAAAAUGUGAAACGAUGCACAAAUGAAAUAAUCAGCCUGGAAAAGCAGGAAAGAAAAUCAAGGAGUCACACAAGAGCUUCGAUUUUCUCUCUAUUAUAACAGCAGCGUUGCGUGUCGUGGUGGUUGGUGAUGUGCUGCGAACCCAGUUGAAGUAAAAAAAGAAGGCCGCCGCAACAGUCCAGUGGCAGUGUAUAAAGCAUAAGCCGUAUCCCUUGAUAUACAGGAAAGGCGACGUCGUGACACUCUCCGUGUUGUUUAGGAGGAAAAUGGAUGGAGUACGGUUAAGAAUGGUGCAAUGUUGAUGGGUUCAGUAUUUAGUGCGAUAAUUAACCGUCGGCAAAAAUAAAUAUUGAUACACCAAUAACAAGCCCAGGUCAGGUCGGAAGACAAAUACAAGUGUAGUUUGAAAAUUUCAAUGUGAAAUAUCAUAUCGUUAUAGGAGGAUAACGUUAAAGGAUUCCGUGUGCUCAUUUAUUAUUUUGAUCAAUAAGUACCAUAAAACCGCUGUGCGGUGCUGUGUGACAGGAGGUGAAAAAAUAAAUGAAAUUAUUUAUAAUUCAAAAUCAGUGAAAGACAUGCAAUAGUUAUGUAAAGAGGAAAAAUAAUUUGAGCAGACCAACUGCUCGUCACUGGAAAAGCGAGAGAAAGAGAGUGAAUACAAUGCCAUGUGAAUGUAAAAACUGUACAUAAAUGUGGUGCCAACAAACCUAGAGUGGUAGCUAGUGGCAAUUUACUGCAAAAAAAAGGAAAAACGAAGGAAUAUAAACAGUCUGACGAAGAAAAUCUGUGAAAAUAUUCUACUAGCCGUACUGAACUUGUCCAGUAAUUUUGCAUUUCUCCCCUACUAACACGAGCGUGUGUCCUGACGCAAACCUUCAGGUGGAAUCGUACUCAUACAAUCGUACGCGUAGUCCGUCGCACCGGGUGUACCGGGUACUGUAGAGCAUUAUCCUUCGAUGCUGAUUGAUGAUAUGCAUAGUUGAGUAGCGUGCAGGAGAACGAAAACCCAUCUUCACGGCUACUCUUGCGAGCAGUACCCGACCAGCCUGAGCGAAAUCCGCUGUCCACUAAAACACGAUCCUAUGACGUCCCACGGGCAAUGGGUGAUUUGCUAGGGAUGGGGUGCCCAUGGCGCCCCCAUGUGAUUAAACAAUUCAACUGAUCAAUGUUUGAUGAUUUGUUCCUUUCUAUUCGAUCCAACUCAAAUACAUUGCUUUUAAAAACAUCGUGUCGAAGCCAUAGAACGAAAACGAAAACGGAAAUAUCAUAUCAAUACCCAUAAGUCGGAGAAGGUCCUGCUCCAAUGCGAAGGUGUGCGUGUAGUGUACCGAUUUUCCUCAUGCAUUUCAAAUGUCAACUCGCUAUGGAUAUGAUGCGGAAUUAUUGAAAAGCUCGGAAAAUUUCUCUUCAUUGCUGUAGCGGCAAGGGAUACAAUACAGUGGUUGGACAUAAACGAAAGAGAAACGACUUCAAAUAGACCGACAGCUAGCGAAAAUACUUCAGAAACCCAACUCUACAUUCCCGGUAGAAGACGUAUCGUCGACGACGGAAGCUCGGUGGACCUACUGGAUUAGUAAACAUCAUCGACUAAUCUUCGCAAGGAUAUGGAUGAGGAAAUCGUUGAACGUACAUUCCGCGAGAAAGCCUUAUUUUACACGACUGCCUUUUUUAUCUUGCUCGGAACCUUUAGCCUUUUCGCUUUUCUGUUCUUGGUGCCAUUUGUUAUUGAACCUGCUUUUACCACGAUUUUCAUGCAGUUCGAUGAGUCACCGGCAUUUUGUGUCACCGUCGAUACUACGCAUCUGUAUGGCGCGAAAAACUGCAGCUGGGCUUCAUGCCGUGAAGGCUGCACCAAGGACAUCUAUGACUGUCUGCAAAUUCGCGUUAAUUAUAAAACUAGCGCACAGCUAGCAGCAGAAGCAGCCGCCGCAGAGGCUAGUACCGAUGACGCAUCGACGACGUCCACGGUUGCUUCCAAAGCAGUCCCAGCCACAGCUAUAAAAAACACUGGUGAUAGUAGUGUUAGUAAUGCUAAUAGCAAGAGUAGUCUAAAACAUAAUUUGGAUAGCUUAAGUGGAAAUAGUGAAACUAAUAAACCAAUUUCUACGGCGGAUAGAGAUUCCUCCUCCAGUCUGUACGGUAGGAGCAGAUUUGAUACUGCCCUGAGCCGAUUUGAACGCGCAGUCCGUGCAGACUAUGAUUACAUCGAUAUGCUUGUAGACGAUAGAACCAAUGGUUUCGUUGAUCAUAAGAAUGGUCUCAUUAGUUCAAUCAUCGGUGAAGAUAACACUUUGAUGGAGUAUCCAGAUGACAUGAAUGAAAUGAACGGCAAUGAGUCAGAAUGGUUCUUCACAGGGGCGCGACUGUUUCCCAACGUGAAAGGUUGCGGGUAUCCCCCGAUACUUAAUUGUACAAUUUGGACCAAAAAGUAUUUGAAAAUAGGGACGAACUUCACGUGUUACUAUUCCCGAGUGGAUCCUGGACUGGUAAUUAGCGACUUGGAUAUGUGGCAGAAUACACUAAACCUCGUGUAUGCAAUGGCCAUACCAAUUCCUUCAUUCAUCAUCUCCGUGAUAUACCUAGCGUUUGCAUAUUUCGUUAUUUUCAACGAAGAUGAAGAAGCUGCUUUGCUGGAUAAGAACGACGAAGAAGAAGAAGAAGGUGCCGAGGACGAGUUGGACGAAACUGAUGAAGGAAACGAUAACAAAAUUAACGAAAGUGAGGCGGAGAUCACGGCGAACCACAUCAACGAGAAUAAUGUGGACAGUGAUGGCAAUUUGGUACAUAGUACCACUACGACACCGAUCCAGCAACUACCGAAUGGGACGGCAAAUUCGAUCACAAAUAUGAACAACACAAAUACCAACACAACUGCAACUACCAACACGAACGGAUCUUCGAAACCUAUCACGCCGAAUUCUACGUCCGAUAUGAAUUCAUUCGGUCACCAACUCAAGGUAAAAAUGGCCGAUGAAAUGUCUCGGGAAAGCAUCGAUGGAGGAUUACUAUCGAAUUCUGCGUCCAUUCAAGGAAACUUGAGCAAGACGAUGACGACCAGUAUCUCGACUCCGCCUGGUCCGAUAGCCGCAGUUUGAAGCGCCAAGUGCACGGGUUAGACGAUGUUAAGUUUAAAUUUACUAAGUAAGGGAAAGCUUUUCUUAUGAGUAUCAAAAGACAGCAACACAAACAUAAGCAAAUGAGAUAUUUUCAGUGUCCAGCAUGCGCAAUAAUUCUUACAAUUGAUAACACUCUGAGUAAAACUACAAAUUGCAAGUAUUUUUUAAAUGAUCGGAAGGAACGGAAGCUCAUUUUAAGAGAAUAUUCUAAUCUAACACUCAAACAGCAACACAAAUAUGCACAAAACGGUACAGACCAGUAGGAUCUAGAAAAAAAAAAAUACCAAAAACGAUUUUGUUCACAGUAAGGAAUAUUUAUGUUUCAACAUCAAUUUUGAAGCUAGCUAGGUGAGUGCCGAGUUAUCGAAAGUACAUGCUGGAAUCUGUUCUAUGCGUUAAAAUGAGUCAAAUUAAAACGAAUUUUCAUUCUAAUGUAAGGUAAUGCAGGAUCAGUGCACUGGGUAUUUCUGGAAACAUCUUUUUGAAACCAUAGUCCAGAUUUGGUAUAUUCACAGGAAAUGGUAGGGUAAACUUUUAAUUCGUCGGUUUAGGUACACGUGCACAGAAUAGUCAUACAAUAAAUUGUCCACAGAAGUCCAUAACCGUAGAGAAACGACUAAACACAAACCAUGUUUCAAUAAUGAAGAUGAAAUUUACACCACUGUUGCAAAGCAGUUCUACAGGCAAUAAUGAGAACCCACCAAAUACAUAGCUGUCCAUGGAGCGUUGUUUAUACAUUCGUUCCAACGAGAAUUCAAAAUUUUAUUCAUUAUACAAAUACAAACUUUCCAGAAAUAUCCAUGCUAAGGGAAAAAAUGAGAUGAUUCAAAAUUAUUUAUUCAACGUGAAUUCCUCUGCAACUCUUUUAGUCAUCGAUUUGUUGAAAGCACAGAAAGCGAAUAUAAUUAGAUGCGUCACCAAAAGAUGACGAAGCCAUUGAUAGACUUUGCUAGUUCUACGGAAUAGAAUAGGCAAACUGAGCGUUCCGGAAAGAUUUUAAAAGUUUUUUACAAUAAAUUGACAAGAUUGGGAAGGUUAGAUCUAGUCAGCGCUAAACUGUUUUGAUAAAGUUCUUGCUUUAUGUUGAUAGGAAAAUAUGCUUCUUCAACUAUACACUGUUUAAUUUCACGGAACACUGGAGAAAUCAAGUUAGCUUUAGAAAUUUUAUUUGUUUUUCGUUCGUUCGUUUUUGGCAGGUCUGAGUUUGUUGGUAGAAACCUGUUGAAUUUUGGCAACAUUGACAUGAAACAUUUUUGUUAUGUUUUUACCCAGUUAGUGAAUAUUUAAGGGCCCAUUCAAUUACUACAUAACGCCAGAGGGGUUGGGGUAGCCUAACUUUGCAUUACACGCCAUUUGUUACGAACAGGAAAAGUUUGUGAUUAGGGGUGUGAGGGUUAGUUAGUUUAACAUUAUUAUAGAGACUUUUUUGCGUUAUGCUUUGUUAAUAUAUUAUAACUCUGUACUCCUGUAGUCUGAACAUAGCAUUGCGUAAUAUUUGAAAGGGCCCUAAAUGAUGAAAUUUAAAGUUCCAUAGUUGAUGUUAAUAAGUGUCUCGCGAAGACUGAAGCCAAAAGUACCAAUCGAACUGUCAAGUGCGGUCGAGAGUGAGUAUGGUAAAGUAUAGUACCAAAUGAGUAUAGUAAAUAAACAUUAUUGUUUCCAAAGCCGGUGGACUGCAAAUAUUGUAUUCAUUGCAGAAAGUAUUCUAGAUAUUUUUUAUAAAAAAUAUAAUUUUGGAUUAUUGAGUGCAUUUUGGUAUUGAUAAAAAUGUGGUUGCCACUAAUAUGUCAAUCACAAAUUUUGCUGCUUGCUUGAAAUAUUCUUUCUUUUCGGGUGACUUAUUAACAUCUACUCUGUAGAGUUCAAAAAACUUAGCUUCAGCAUGACCAUUUUCCCCAUUUAUCAGAUCAGCAGUAUAAGCUGUAGCUUUUCAUAUUUGAUGAUUAAAAUUACAUUUUGUACGUUGUAGAUUUGUAAGCAGUAUAGUAUUUAAGGUUUUUUUUUAUGGAAAAAGCAAUAUUUGGCUAUACCACGAAGCGAUGUGAUGCGAAAUGUUUCAUUGUUUGAGAAAGUUCAGAUUUAUAUUUUACAAGCCAAAACUACAAAUCUAUUUUUAUAACAUUUGAUGUAUCUCCAGUUUCUAGACAUCAUUUUCUUCGAAUCAUUCUUGCUCUAGAUAAGUGUCAACUGUUUAAAACAUGCGCUGAAAAAAAUAUUAUAAGAUUUCGAACAAAAAAACGUUGCUUACUUUAAAAUCUCUAUGAAAAAUGACAGGCAAAGUGAAGUAUUAUGUCUGAAUGCUACCAUUACCGUUUUCAAUGUGUGCAAACUAUUCUUUUACACAUUCAUAACAUCAUGAAAUAUAAAAAAAAAAACUUAACGAGUAUAAUACAUCAGAUCUAUGAAUAGAGCUAGGCGAAACAAAACUAAAAUCUAUUAGCUUGGCUGAUUAUAGAAGCGAGUAAAAACAGAUAACAAAAAGCUGCAAAUACAUAAUAAUGACUUUAAAAGCGAUGAUUUUAAAUAGAUUAAAGAAUCAUACAAUCAGCAUUGCGAGACAUAAACAACCUAGUUUUAUUCCAAACUCACAAGCAAAUAAGAAAAUUAAACUUAAAAUAAUAAAAUAGCAUGAAAGAUGAAACAAACGAUUGUCAUUGAGCUGGAUCGUUCUUUUCAAAGUUUAUCUUCAACAUUUUGAUUGUGUAAAUAUUGAAAGUACAGAAUUAAACAAACGAUAAUAAUCGCUACAGAUUUAUUCACAACGUCAGAAACCGACAGAAAGAAGGAAUCAUUGGAAUCGGUAAGCUAUUCCCAUCACAAAAAAAAACAGAAAAGAAACCAUACACAGUUCAGAGCCACAACUUGUUAUUGCAAAACAAAUUCACAGAUGCUAUAACAAAGACAUAUGAUGGAACAUUGAAAAGAUUCUCAGAAUUGUAUAUUUUCAAAUAUGUAUUGCCUUGUCAUUGCUACUAAUUUAAGGUUUAUCAAAAGGAAGAGAAUAGAUGAAAUGAUAAAAUCUAUUACAAUUAAUAAAUAAAAUGUGAAAGCUUU